AAUCAAGCCAACAUCUCUCUGAGGGAGCGUUCACUUUCAGUAGGAGACUCAGAAACAUCCCGAGCGGUUCACCGCUGCGCUACUCGGCUCAUUCUGAAGGACUUUGGCUUGUGUUUAAUUCAUUCCAGAGGAGCAUCGGCAGAUUGUUAGAUUCCUGAAGAGGGGAACGGGACAGAAAACGCCGCUUCAUUGACUGUCAUCGUUAUUCGCGCUCCUUCUCGGACGGUUUUACAGGUGGACGCUGAACUGUCAGGCUCGCCAGCUGAACCACCGGUUUUCAAACUCUAUGAGUACAAAAAUGGAGCAGCCGUUUUACCACGACGACUCGUUUCUGUUGGGUUACGGUCACAACGACGCGGCUCUACACGACUACAAACUCCAGAAACCGGGCAUGAACUUGAACGUGACCGAGCCGCCCUAUCGGAGCCUCAAAUCGGACCUCUAUCAGGCGUCCAGCGCCGAUGUGGGCUCACUCAAACUGGCCUCCCCGGAGCUGGAGAGGCUCAUCAUCCAGACGGGCAACGGCGUGCUGACGACCCCCACACCGGGCCAGUACCUCUACGGUCGGGGGAUCACCGACGAGCAGGAGGGCUUCGCGGAGGGCUUCGUCAAGGCUCUGGAUGAGCUCCACAAGAUGAACCAGAUGCCCCCGCCCAACGUGUCGAUUGGAGCCGGCGGCGUGACGACGUGCUCGACAACUGCGUCCGUUUUCGGCUCCUCCCUGCAGUCGGAGCCUCCCAUUUACACGACGCUGAACGCAUACUGCCCAGCACCCAGCCACCCGUCCACCACCAUCAGCUACCUGCCGUCCCACAUACAGCAGAGCCAGCACCCGGAAACCGCGCACGCGUUCCAGCACCCCGGCGUGCUCCCUCAGCGCUUCUUGCCUUUGAAAGAGGAACCGCAGACUGUUCCCGACAUGCAUAGCAGCGACGGCUCGCCGCCCAUGUCCCCGAUCGACAUGGACUCGCAGGAACGCAUCAAGGCGGAACGCAAGAGGCUCCGGAACCGACUGGCGGCCACCAAAUGCCGAAGGCGCAAACUAGAACGCAUCGCGCGGCUGGAGGAAAAAGUGAAGGUACUGAAGUCCGACAACGCCGGACUGUCCAACACAGCGUCUGUUCUGCGGGAACAGGUGGCGCAACUCAAGCAGAAGGUCCUGAGGCACAUGAACAGCGGCUGUCAGCUCAUGCUGACCAGUAAGAUGGAGGCGUUUUAAACGCGACGGGACUUUCACUAAAGCAAGACGCAGAAAUAACACUGGAGAUUGUUUGUUCGACAACUGAACGACACUCGCGAGCUCUCAGCUGAGCUGUUUUGGACCCGUCCUGGACUCCGAUUAAAAGCUCGUCGCGAAGCGUCCUCUGGGACGGAAGAGAACGGACACUGCGGCCCCCAGAGAGAGCCGCGCGCGCGCGCCUCGACGCAGUGGAAAGGCCAGUCGUACAUCAAUAAUGUGUUUAAUGUCAUGAUCAGCUCUGUUUUUGAUCAUGUGGACGCAUCUGAUAUUUUCGUGCAGUACUGUUUCUGAACUCAUAAAUUAUUGUGUCAGUCGGGUUGAUCCUGACGCCAUGUUAACAAUGUCACAUGUUUACAAUGUCGUUUUUUUAUUGUGUGCGCUGUUUAUUUAAGUAAAUGCAUUGAAAUAUAA